UGAAGUGAGAGUAGGAAGGAGCUUCCUGCUUUCACCUGUUAUGUCUCCACCCAGUCAUCACGGACCUCCUCCGGUGAGGCAUCAGCAAACGUAUUACCGGAGCUACUCCUCCUCCUCAUCAGCAUCUCUCAAGGGAUGCUGCUGCUGCCUCUUCCUCCUCCUCGCUUUCCUAGCGCUUGUGGUACUCGCGGUGGUGCUGAUCGUGAUGCUAGCGGUGAAGCCGAAGAAACCACAGUUCGAUCUGCAGCAAGUGGCAGUGAUGAACAUGGGAAUCACAUCCCCGGAUAAUCCCAACCCUAGCGUUAUGGAUCCAACCUCCGCCUCCCUCUCCUUCACAAUCCGCCUGCUCUUCACCGCUGGUAACCCGAACAAAGUCGGGAUCAGGUACGGGGAGUCCAGCUUCACGGUGAUGUACAAAGGCUUGCCACUGGGGAGAGCGACGGUGCCUGGAUUCUACCAGGACGCGCACAGCACGAGGAACGUGGAGGCGACCAUUGCUGUAGAUAGAGUGAAUCUUAUGCAAGGCAACGCGGCCGAUCUAGUCAAAGAGGCUUCGUUAAACGACCGAGUCGAGCUCACUGUUAAAGGAGACGUUAGUGCUAAGAUCCGAGUCAUGAACUUCGAUUCCCCAGGCGUUCAGGUAUCAGUGAAUUGCGGGAUAGGCAUUAGUCCGAGGAAGCAGGCUCUGAUUUACAAGCAAUGUGGCUUUGAUGGCCUCACCGUUUAAUUCCCUAAUCAUAACAUAUCUUCUUUUAAAAUUCUACUGACCACUCCCUAAAAUGUUGUGGAGUUGCGAAAAGAGGUUAAACUAGUAAAGAAACGGAACAGGAUCCAUAUCAGAUUUUUUUUUGCUUUCUACAAGCCAUAUUUGAAGUAGCAACAAUGUUUGUUUACCAAAGUCACUAAUCACUUCAGUAAUUAAUAAUUACUCCCGUUGUAAUCCCUUCCUUGUGCCACUCUUCGUUUGCAUUUGUUUAUAUGUCAUAUAGCCACGUACGCGCUCAUCCGCACACUAAAUGUCGGAAAUAUUAUGUGCUUUAUUUGAGAAUUGAGACUAGAAGGAUUUUUUGUAUAAGCGAUGUUGUAUUUGUUACAGGAAAAAAAUCAUUUGAGCUUGAAAAUGUUGGAUAUUACUGGGCUGAAAAAAAUUUGAUCUGUUAAAAGCCCAUAUUUUUCAGAGAGUUCGCGGAUGAACCGAAAUGAUCUGUUAAAUGUUGGAUGUUGUAAUAUAUUUCAAACUUAUUUAGAGUUGACUUUUUGGGUGUGAUGUCGACAUAGAUAAAGUUUUGAUAGAGUUAUUAUGCAAAAGAGGCGGAGACAAGGCCCGGGAUUCGAAGCGGGGGACCUCUCUUUCCUGACUGGUUCAGAUGCGGCCGUUGCGGAAGUUUGCGAAUGUGGGUGAUUACAAUUUCUACCGGUUUUAAUAGAUUUGUAGACCUGGUAUUGCGGUUAAAAAUUAGUGCGUUUGUGAGAUAAUUAUGACUGGUUAACUACCAAAUGCAACAGCGAUUAAAUAAUAAAUUAACAAUAUUAUCAAAAAUCAUCAUAUUAUAAUAAAUAUGAAAAUUAUAUUUAGAAAAUUAUAGUUUUAAAUUUUUUAAAGUUAUAGAAAAUAUUUUUAUUUUAAAAAUUUAUAAUAUUAAUUAAAAUAUAAUAGAUAUAUUUUAGUAUUUUUAUAAUUAUAAUUUUACAUUUUAAUUUUUGUAUUUAUAUUGUUUUAAAAAAACGAAAAAAAUUACCUUCGUGUAACCGUCUGCAACCGCAAACACUAGUUAGAACCAGCUUUUAAAUUUAAGAAGUUUAAAACAUUUUAAAACGGUUCAAAGCGGUUUGAGUGAUUGUUUUAAAACGCCAACAAUCGCUACCACCCGAGAAAACCAUGUCCCGAAGCCCCAUCCGAAAUGACUUGUUAGGUUCCUCGGGGAUUACUAAAACGACACGAUGUGUAUAAGCUUUAUACGCAAAACGGCACGAAACACUCAACAAAAAGUUGUAUAUAUAUAUUGGGGAAAAAACAGCAACACGGGAUAAUAAUUAAUUGAAGACAAAUCUGUAGAAAGAUACGACAAAAAGUUUACGGAUUUUUUUGUGUGGGCAAAAAUUUUAAAACUAAAGCCAUUACCAAUCAAGCGAAGCCCUAGGCGGUUGUCUCCUCAUACUCCUCUCUGUUCCUUUACGGUAAGAUCAUACUCUCAGAAUUCAGAUCUUUAACAAGAUAUAAACCCUAAAUUCGUUUUCGUUUGCGGUUUAUCUUCGCACUCGUAGCUUCGGAGGCCUGUCUUGCCUCUUCUCUUAUACCUCUUACUCGCAUCAGGUAAGAAGUUUGGUUCAUAUCGCUUUAGUUUCAAAACUCUAUAGAUUAUCUUUUUGUUUAUUAAAGUUGAUUGGUAAAACCCUAAUAGCAACAACUGGAAUUUUGCUGAUAUUGUUACUUUGUGAUACGUUCUGUAUGAGUGUGCUAAAGUGUUACUUUUUGAUACGUUUGAGCUGUUUUAUCAACUUCAUAGUUGUUCUCUGUGCUUUGACUUGAUUCUGUUUCUGUUUCUUCAAGAAGUCGUUAUUUUUUUUGGGUGUGUAUAUAAAGCCUAUUUUGACUGUUUAUGGAUGGAAGAGCUAACAUUGCUCUUCUUCUUCUCUUUUGUGAGAUGCACUUUUGGUUGUAUUCGUUUUUGAAUCCAAAUGGACUCCAAGAAGUUCAUGCAGAUGGUGGAGGAGAAGAAACGGCAGAUUCUCGAGAAGAAGGAAGCUCCUCUGAAAUGGGAGCAGAAACUAGAGGCGGCUGCCAAGGCUGCUGGAACCAAGGAGAAGAAGUAAAAGAAGCGAAGACAUAGGGAUGCCUCUGAAUCUAGCUCAGAAAGUGAUAGCAGCUCUGAGGUGAGAAGAAAGUCGAGAAGAACUCACAGUAAGCACCGGAGGCAUGCACACUCUGAUUCAGAUGACAGCAAUAGGAGGAAAGAUAAGAAAUCCAGAAGGCAUAAGAGAAGGUUAUCAAGCCGAAGCGUUGAUAGCAGUGAUGAGUAUGAAAGCGGGUCAGAGGACGAGCUUAGGAAGACGAUAAAGCACCACCGGAGCCAAGCUCUCCUCAGAGACGUCAACAACGCGAGAACUCAAGGAUCAGAGUACAAAUACCUCAGAAAGAAAGCAAGCUUGGUGGGACAUCAAGCCACACCGAUGAGUCUCCAGUUUUAGCUCAUCCAGGGGAACUAGUGAUCUGCAAGAAGAAGAGGAAAGACAGAAAAGUCAGCUCCAAGAACCCGAACCGCUGACUCCAGCAGUCCGGUUUCACCUCAGGCCAUGAUAGGUCGUGGUCUCAGAAGUUCCGUGUCUGGUUCAGUUACAAGGGAAACAAGGCUAGCUCAAGCCGCUCAUCCAAACAACAGCGGUGCGGCUGGUGAUUCAGUUGGAUGGGCUAAUCCAGUGAAGAGGUUAAGAACAGAUUAUGGUAAAAGAAGGUCUAGCCAUUUGUAGACAGAGUAAGCCUAUGUUGUCCUUAGUGGUUGGAUGUGAUUGAAUGUAGCAAUUGAAAGCAAUGUAGCAGAGAGUCUUCAUCGUUGUCAUCAUCAGAGUCUGAACUACGUUCGCUCAUGCUAUCAUCAUCGUCUUCAUCAUCACUUUAAUCCUCAGGUGCUCCUAUGUCCUCUGGUUUAGCAUAUGCCUUGCAAUAAAUACUCUUCCAGAUGUCAAAGACUUUCGUGUGUCAAUAAGAGGUUGAAAAUAAUAGAGAAUCAUAUUGGAAGAA